AUGGCAACACAGAACGGUCAUACCAGUGUCCAUGUCUCAGACACACAGACGUGGGAGAGGAACAAGAAAUACACGGUGUACAAAGUGGUGGUGGUUGCUGCGGGGAAGACUUGGUUUAUCUUCAGAAGAUACAAUGAAUUCCACAAACUCUAUGAAAUAUUAAAGAAGAAAUUCCCUGGUGCAGACCUCAAGCUGCCGGGUAAGAAACUCUUCGGGAACAACUUUGACCCAGAAUUCAUCCGGCAGAGAAGAGAAGGCCUCCAUGACUUCAUCCAGAAGAUCAUUAACAAUCAACAGAUUUUACAACAUGGCGAGGUCCAGAACUUCUUGUCGCUCGAUGACCCAAGGAACAAUUCUGACAACAGCGUGACAGACGAGAACAACACAGACUUCUUCAGCGAUCCCAAUGAUCCUAACACUAUCUUUCUGGGACCAUCGGCCAAUCCUUCGGCAAGACCAAGUGACUUUGAUUUCCUGAAGGUGAUAGGUAAGGGGAGCUUUGGCAAGGUGCUGUUGGCCAAACACAAGAUAGAUGGGAAGGUGUAUGCAGUCAAAGUGCUACAGAAGGCGGCCAUUGUCAAAAGGAACGAGUUCUCCCAGAGAGAGAGAGAGAAAGAGAUAGAAAAGAAUGAAAUAAAGAAAGACGGAGAGAGAGGAAAGGAGGGAAAACUAUAA